GUCCGUGCAAACGCAAGAUAUCCAAAUGGGCAUAAGGAGCACGCCUAUUCUAGGUAGCGCUUAUAAAUAAACCUACCUAUACGCACUGUCCUUCACACCCGAUUUAAGCGAAACUUGUGAUGCAGCCUUUAUGAGCUUGAGAGGACGAGAACUUCCACCGUGUUGUUUACAUGAGGACCUCGCAGAAGCCUUGGACUAUGGCUUGCGACACCUGCCUGCCUCGAGGCAAGCACUUCUUCGUUUAGUACUCCCUCGACUGCAUACCCUUCUGCUGAAAAAUGGGAAAUACACCGUCCAAGGUCUUAUACCAAUGGCUCUUCGGCGGCAUGAUGUCGAUUUGGAACUACAUAUACUCCGUCUUUUCGACUGCUCGGACAACUAAAGAUUCAUCUCCUGGCAGAAGCUCUGAGCUUGACAAAAAUCACGACACAACCGUGCCGUCCGAGCCGCAAGAGCAGCACGGUAGUUCUAUUCCAGAAGAUGCUGGUCCUGUUUUGAAGGCGACACCAGACUUGUCGCUGCGCUCUCAUCCAGAACUACCCUCCAUUGCGGGUUCACAGACUAGUCCCAAGGAAGAACAGUCAUCUGGUGAAGCUUCGGUUGAUUCUGAUGCAUCUCCUGAUAAACCUUGGCGUCAACCAAAGGGAAUCUCUCUUCCCGAAGUCACCAUCUCCGCCCUCACUGAGACGGGCCUUGCGGAAUCGUCGAUCGUCGUUCCAUUGCAACGGUCGUACACCGUUAAGGCGCGCGUGAUAUCAUCCCGCCUUGCUGACACUCCCUGCACUACCCUCGGCGUUCAGGGCCUUUUGGAUCUACUCAACACCACACUCGGAACAUCAUACGCCCAGGACAGUCCAUCCCUUUCCUCCCUUCUUGAAGACUGCAUCGCAAACAACUAUGACUUUGGCAUGGCAUAUGGCCGCCUUCGGAGGAUAUGGUACACUUGCAACGACUGGAGGACUGUACGAGGCACCUUUCACAGAUGGGAAAAGGAAGACCGGGAGAUGCGACAAAAAGCGCUCGAUGGUAACCGGAUCGUCAAACCAUACUUGCCACCUCGACGUGUCUGGGAUCUGUACAGUAAUCGGGUGGUGCCAUGGUGGUGCAUAGGAUUAUCCCUCGAUAGCGACAGGAAGUCCGGACCCUGGCUUCUGCCGAUAUCACACGCAUGGAUGGAAGAGAAGGAUCGGUUCGAUGCGCAGACACCCAUCAACGGAUACGAGUGGCCUGUCCCGAUCCCGAAAGACGCCAACCUCAACCUUAUCCGUAUUGAGAUGCUCAAUCUUGGAGCACAGUAUGCGUGGUUGGACGUCCUCUGUUUGAGACAGGAGGGUGGACCAAGGGAGGAUAUGCGCUUGAAAGAGUGGAAGCUGGAUGUGCCCACCAUCGGAGCGGUGUAUCAUGACGGCCAUGUGGUGUGUUACUUGAGUGGGCUGGGUCGGCCUUUGACUUUGAAGGAGGGCGACUUGGAUAGUGAUCGGUCUUGGUUUAGACGUGCUUGGACACUACAGGAGGUUGGCAAGGACAGGCAGGUUGCUGGGGACACACUGGAUGGACCACUGCAUGCCAAACCAGUAGAUGAGGACGGGAACUAUGAGACUGAGUUACUGACCAGGUUUCACAAGCAGUGGCGGUGUACGGGGUCCUUGCUGCGGGGUAUGUUUGCGAUACUGAAGGACAUGCAAAAUCGGGUGUCAACCAACCCGGUGGACAAAGUUGCGGGACUGGCAUUUGAACUGCAGUCCAUGACAAUACCGGCAUACUGCGAGAGCCAGUCUCUCGAGGAAGCGUGGACAGCACUCGUGGAUUCGUUGGAUGGGGGGAGUCGGGGGCGGUUGUUCAUCUCCUAUCCUGAACCGGGAAAUGCGGGCACAAAAUGGUGGCCAUCGUGGGACCAGGUUAUGACGAAGUCUCUGCCCAUUGAUGAUAUCCCCGGCAUCGGUGUUGAUUGGGAUGAGAUGAAAGAGGAAGACUGGUGUGAUGCGCACUGCAUUGAAAAGGGGUUGGUGCGGGGGUUGGCUGUUGUGGAGGGGGGUGAUCGACGUGGAGAGUUGAUUAUUAAAGACAAGGAUGGGAGAGAACAUAAAUUCAAGAUCAUGGCCGACCACACGUACCCGAUACCUGAUGACACGUACACACUGAUUUCCGCCGACUUAUUGUGGUCUCGGUCUCACCAUUGGGUCGUUGGGCGAACACUACCAGGGAAAAGGUUUGAGAAAGUGUCCGUUCUGGAAUUUCUCGAUGAAAAAGAACAGAAGAGGUCGGAGGAUCUGCAUAUUACUAAAAAGUGUCGAUACAUUCUUGUUUGAGUACACAUUGUGUACUUGGUAGUUCUUCUCAACUUGAGC